UUUGGAAGGACGAGAACAAACUAUUAUAUCUGAGGUAAUGAAUUGAUGGUAUUUAUACUGGUUGGUUAUAUUGUGGUAGCUCUUUAUCUCUGUUGAUCCUUCUGCUAAUGACCAAUGAUUUUGGGGAGAAUGGUUUUAAUUGCGUUUUCUAGUUUGAUCUAGUUUGUGAUGAUGCAUACAAAACUAAUCUGGCUACAACAAUCUACUUCUGUGGUGUGUUAGUUGGUGGUCUGCUGUUUGGAACAUUGUCUGAUAAAUUUGGUUGACGACCAGUACUAUUAUGCUGUUUGUAUUCUCAGAUCAUUCUUGGUAUAAUGAUAUUCUUCAUAAGAAACUAUAUCGCUUUUGUGAUAUUGCGUUUUAUCCUGGGAGCUGUGUUACAGGGUAUGGAUGCAGGAUAUAUUUUGAUAAUCGAGUUAUUUGCUUUGAAAUAUCGAAGUAGAGUUGGUACCAUACAAACCACUUUCUGGCCAGUUGGUGUGAUGUUUCUAGCUUUGAUUGCAUUUCUCAUUCAAGACUGGAGAUAUAUACAAUUGUUUAUAACACUGGCAACAAUUCUUCAGAUUUCUUUAAUAUGGUUGCAGCCAGAAUCCUUUCGUUGGUUGAUAACGCAGAAGAAAUUCGACAAGGCCGAGCAAGUGGUCACGAGAAUUGUUAAAUUUAAUAACUUAGAGUUCCCUCGUGAAAUAUUUGACGAUGUUGUUGAAAAAAGUAAAACAGAGAAGAUCACUGUUGUGAAGAAAUACACCAUCAUUGAUACGUUUCGAUAUCGUGUGCUGAGAAAACGAUCAAUCAUUCUGGCUUGGAUAUGGUUUUCCAUCUCUGUUGGUUAUUAUGGUGUAUCACUCAAUAUCUCAAGUUUAGCUGGAAACAAAUAUCUCAAUUUCUUCAUCGGUGGGACCCUGGAACUAAUACCAUAUUUCUUAACAGUUUUUAUAACCGAAAGGUUUGGUCGUCGUAAACCUCUCUGUACGUAUCUCAUGAUAGGAGCAGUCAUGAAUAUUACUGCUGGAGUUCUUUCUGAGAAAGCUGCAGACAAUGAUGCACUUCAAGAUUUAACGACAGCUCUCGCAAUUAUUGGUAGAAUCGGGUUUAGUGGAUCAUUCAGUGUCUUGUUCAUUUACACCUCUGAAUUGUUUCCAACUGAGAUAAGAAAUGUAGGUUUAGGAGCUUGUAUGUCAUGGACCAGGUUUGGUGGUAUGAUUGCUCCUCAGAUUCUGUUGUUGGGAGAGAAAAGCAAGAAGUCCGUUCCGUUUAUUAUUUUCGGACGUUUUAGCUUCAUUGCUAGUUUGAGUUCCUUGUUGUUGUUUGAAACUUUGAACAAGAAACUGUCGGAUACGAUUCGCGAGGAAGAGAAAGAUGAUUCCAGUGAAGAAAUGAAUAUUCCCGUUGAAGAGACACGUCUCUUCCGAUAGAUAAAUAAAAGAUUUUUUAUUCAGUUAGUUCUUAGUUUGAAUUGCGAUGUUGACAGUGACCUUGUUAGUUGUCAGUGGUUGUUAGUAACUGCCGGUAGUACCUAUUACGUAAUUAAUAACGUGACAAAUGUCACCUGACUUUGUAGAUAAGUAUCCUGGACAUUUUAUAUUAUAGUGGUUAUAUACACAUAGUAGCAUGCUAGAAAAGACACAGUAAAGUUUGCAUGAAAACAUAACAGUACUAUACAAUGUGGCUGCCAUGCAACAGCGCUGGUAAGUUACCAUUUAAUGGUGGUCAUAACCACCCAAAGUGUAACUACCAUGUCACCACCCACCCCGUGGGUGGGUGAAGGCUAUUUCAGAUAUGGCAGAGCACCUCGCCAGUCGCCACUAGGUCUCCAACUUAUACGCGGCCAUAAUAUCCAAUAUGGCGACCAUAUAUACGUUAAG